GCAUUAUUCACUCAUCAGCAGGGAAACAUGAUCCCUGUGUCAUCAACACGUUGGCGCAGGCAGGUGCAGGAGGAAGGAACACACAACACAACCAGAGUGCUCUGGCCCUGAAUGAUUUUUUUUUAUUUGCAUUAGUGAUGUUGUCUCUGUACACAACCACUGAAUUUCCAACAGGUGAUGUGAUCUGAGUCUGCUGCUGGGCCUAUUUCACAGGAAGGCUGAAAAGAAAACAGAAAGCUGACGGAUGUGAAUUUGAUACGACGCUGCUGUGAGUCAGAAGUCUACUUGGACAAGGUGCGUCUCUCAGCAGGUGAGCAGGCAUCGGAACUCCAGAGCAGCGGCUGGAUCUGAAGAUAACCCCCCUCAGGACAUAGCUGGUAAGUUUUAGGCUCUGUCUACUGGAAGCUUCUCUAUUCAGAACCAAAUGUGUUUCUUUUCUGUAUCUGUGACCUGCAGCAUUUAAAUCUGGCCUCAGGUUGGUGAAGCAGCUAGGAGACAAGAGAACAAUGAACUGGGGAUUCUUGGAGAACGUUCUCAGUGGGGUGAACAAGUACUCCACUUCGAUUGGCCGCAUCUGGCUCUCUGUUGUCUUCUUGUUCCGGAUCCUGGUGUAUGUGGCAGCGGCCGAGCAAGUCUGGAAGGAUGAACAGAAGGACAUGGUGUGCAACACGCAGCAGCCAGGCUGCGAGAAUGCCUGCUUCGACCACUUCUUCCCCAUCUCCCAGGUUCGUCUUUGGGCUCUGCAGCUCAUCAUGGUAUCUACACCAUCUCUGCUGGUGGCCCUACAUGUGGCCUACAGGGAGAACCGGGAGGCCAGGCACAAGCGAAAACUCUACAAGGACAAAGGGAGAAUUGAUGGGGGUCUUUUUUGCACCUACAUCAUCAGUUUGAUCUGUAAGAUUGGCUUUGAAGUGGGCUCCCUUCUGGCUUUUUACUUCCUGUACAAUGGCUUUGGGAUGCCCAUCCUGCUUCAGUGCAGCCAGGCCCCCUGCCCCAACACUGUGGACUGCUACAUAGCCCGCGCCACAGAGAAAAAGAUCUUCCUCUACAUCAUGGGCAGCACCUCCAUCCUGUGCAUAGUUCUCAACAUUGUGGAGCUCCUCUACAUCAUGUGGAAGUGGCUGUGGAAACGCUUUAGGAGGCGGUACAUUCCUGUGGAGCAGAAGAUUUUAAAAAGCAGUCAGCUGCUUGUUUCAUCUGGCAACAGGUUCACAUCAGCUGAACAUUUUGAAAACAUGAAGGUCUGCUCAAUAGAACCUGACAAGGCUAAAAAACCUGUCAGUCCAGCUCUGCAGGGCUCGGAACAUCCGGAAGCUAGUGGUCCUAAAGAGAAUCCGCAGAGUCUCUUUCAAGUUUAACAUACCUUUGAAAAUAAUUAACAUUUCUUUCUCUUCAGAGGAUCAUUUAGGCUUGUUAAAGCAACCAAAGGGCCACAGGCUGAAUGGAAAUAUGUUACACAGUAUGUUAUUUGCCUCUUUUACAGAUGAUAUUCUAUCAUCAUUCUAUCAUCCCUCCUCUGUGCACGUUAAGGUGCUGUGAAUCCACACACAUUUAUGGUUCUUAAACUUAUAUUUUUAAUAAAUGUUCCGUUUCUGCACUUUUA